GACGCGACGGCCGAGCGCGCGACGCGACGAAGAUCGACAGACGGCGCGCUCGAGCGACGACAGGCCGAGACGCGCGCGACGCGAGCGAGACGCACAGCGCGACGACGACGCAUCGGAGGUUGACGAAGAUUGCUUCGAUCGACGGCGGGACGACGAACGAUGCGGCGGUUUUUGCGCGAGAGCGCGGCGCGGGCGACGAGAAGCGCGGUGCACAGAUAUGCGGCGCGAGACGCGAUCGCGCCCGAGGGUGGAUGGUUGAACGCGAGAGCGGCGUCGGCGGCGUUUACGCGCGGGUACGCGAAGGGCGGCGACGUCAUCGGGAUCGAUCUCGGAACGACGAACUCGUGUGUGGCGGUGAUGGAGGGAAAGAAUGCGCGCGUGAUCGAGAACGCCGAGGGCGCGCGAACGACGCCGUCGAUGGUGGCGUUCACGGAUAAGGGGGAGCGUUUGGUCGGGCAGCCGGCGAAGCGGCAGGCGGUGACGAACCCGACGAAUACCUUGUACGCGACGAAGCGUCUCAUUGGGCGCACGUUCGAGGACGAGCACACGCAAAAGGAAGCCAAGCUCGUGCCGUAUGAAAUUGUCAAGGCGUCGAACGGCGACGCCUGGGUUGCCGCCGGUGGGAAGCAAUAUUCUCCCUCCCAGGUGGGCGCCUUCGUGUUGCAAAAGAUGAAGGAAACGGCGGAGGCGUACUUGGGACACGGCGUGUCGCAAGCCGUCGUCACCGUGCCGGCGUAUUUCAACGAUGCUCAAAGACAGGCGACGAAGGAUGCGGGUAAGAUUGCCGGUCUCGACGUUCUUCGCAUCAUCAACGAGCCUACUGCUGCCGCGCUUUCGUACGGCGUCGACAAGAAGGAGGGCCUCGUCGCCGUCUACGAUUUGGGUGGCGGUACCUUCGACGUCUCCAUCCUCGAGAUUUCCGGCGGUGUGUUCGAAGUCAAGGCCACGAAUGGUGAUACGUUCUUGGGUGGGGAAGAUUUCGACACCGUAUUGUUGGACCAUUUCGUUGAUAACUUCAAGAAGGACCAAGGCAUCGACCUCAAGCAAGACAAGCUCGCCGUGCAGCGUCUCCGCGAAGCCGCUGAAAAGGCGAAGAUUGAGUUGUCUUCCGCGCAAAGCACGGACAUCAACUUGCCGUUCAUCACUGCCGAUGCGUCGGGCCCGAAGCACAUGGCGAUGACGCUCUCGCGCGCCAAGCUCGAAGAGCUCGUGGGUAGUCUUCUCGAGCGCACCAAGCAACCGUGCAAGAACUGCUUGAAGGAUGCGGGUGUGAGCACGGGUGAAAUCUCCGAAGUGUUGCUCGUCGGUGGUAUGUCUCGCAUGCCCAAGGUGCAAGGUAUCGUCAAAGAUCUCUUCGGCCGCGACCCGAGCAAGGGGGUGAACCCGGAUGAAGUCGUCGCCAUGGGCGCCGCCAUCCAAGGGGGCGUCCUUCGCGGCGACGUCAAGGACAUUUUGCUCUUGGACGUCACCCCGCUCUCUCUCGGCAUCGAAACCUUGGGUGGUGUGUUCACGCGCUUGAUCAGCCGUAACACCACGAUUCCGACGAAGAAGAGUCAAACGUUCUCCACCGCUGCUGACAACCAAACUCAAGUCGGCAUCAAGGUGUUGCAAGGCGAGCGAGAGAUGGCGGCGGAUAACAAGACACUCGGCCAGUUCGACCUCGUCGGCAUCCCGCCCGCGCCGCGCGGCGUCCCGCAAAUUGAAGUCACGUUCGACAUCGACGCCAACGGCAUCGUGAACGUGAGCGCCAAGGACAAGGCUACGAAUAAGGAACAAAAGGUCACCAUUCAGUCCUCUGGCGGUUUGUCCGACGCGGACAUCGAGCAAAUGGUUCGCGACGCGGAGUCGCACGCUGAGUCCGACAAGCAGAGAAAGGAACUCAUUGAAGUGAGAAACGAGGCUGAUACGUUGGUUUACAGCGCCGAUAAGAACUUGAGCGAGCACGGCGACAAGUUGCCGCAAGACGUCAAGGACGCCAUCACCAACGCUCAAGCCGAGGUGCGCUCCGCGGCCGAGGGCGAAGACCUCGCCAAGCUCCGCGAAGCGAUCAAUGGUCUCCAACAAGCCGUGAUGAAGAUCGGCGAGGCGCUUAACGCCGGCGGUGCCGCCUCGGGCGCCGCAUCCGAGGGGAACACGUACGAAGGCGAGACCGUCUCCGAGGAAAAGAAGGAGGGCGAAAAGUAAUCCACGCGCGAUCGUCCCCGAACAUUCGCCGCGUUAAUAAGCAAACACAA